CGAAUGAGAAGCCUCUGAUGAUGUUGAUGUUUUCUUUUGCCAUAUUAAACUCUUUUGAAUAUCUUCAUCUCCUGGCUACUCGACCAGGGUUCAUGCUUACCAUUUCCCUUACGUGUCUUGGGCACACGGUCUAAUCAAGGUAUGGCUGGUGCACAUUGCUGGGCCUGCCCUAUCUUUUAAGGAGGUGCACCGCAGUGCAGUGCAGUGGUCGGCAGCCGCCAAGAUAAAAUGUAUGCUCAGUGGUAGGAUAUUCUGUUCAACCCAGAACAUCUCACCGCAUGCCUCGUCCCAGGAAUUCCUCUGCCAACGCCAUCACUGCCGCCUCCAUGUAUCUGUAGUUCUUGUCAAUUGUUCCAGCGAUUCCUCUCGAUAUCUGCGAAGCCCCUGACGCACGCCCCUCAUAAUCGCUAUUCAGUCGUGUGUCCUGAAUCCUUUGUCUCGAACCCCCCGUUUGCGCUUUGCGCCAGCAUUAGAUUCCCAUCACUCGAGGACUGCCGCGCAGAGAGGACUGGAUCGCGAUUAGACACAAAUGCACGCCUCGUCAACGAGUUUUUCGAGUCUCCAAUAGCCUGGACAACAAAGGGCAGGGCGCGCUUGGUUGGGGCAGGUCAGGUCUGGUCAUUUCACGGAAUACAAAGUCGCAAUCAUGGACCUCCGUUCAAUCAUCAACACAGAUGGCGGCGACAGCUCGAAGCAAGCUGCUCCUACACCUGUGACGCCAGUUCAAGCGCAUCCUCAGCAAAGCUUCCGAGAUUAUAGUCACCCUCCACAAGCCUCGCCGGGCAAACAUCCCUCACAGGACUACGGCGCACACCCCAGUGGAUCAGUAUCGUAUGCUUCACCGACUCAGUAUCAACAAAGCUACCAGGGACGACCUCCCCAACCACCGCCUAUUCAAGCUCCACCUCACAAUGACUUGCGAUCUCCUGCCAGGUCCUUCUCUGUACAAUCUCCGUAUCAACAUACGCCAUCGUCUUCGAGUAGCCAGUAUCCCUUCCCUCAAUCUCAUCAAACUCCACAAAGCCCUGCCCAGCACCACCCCUAUCCACCUCACCUACAACAAAGAGAUAGUUACUCUCAGCCCAAUCAAUCUCCGCAGAUUCACCACCAGACCUUGUUCACUCAACCUUCGCCUACACCACAGACUCCGCCUGUCGGUCUACCAGGAGCUCCUCAUCCAUAUCUUCAACAACAUCACCAGCAACAACAGCAACCUCCUUCGAACCAGCACCAAAGAUCUGUCUCGUCUCACUCAUCAACGCCCACAUCUGCCAAUAGUCAGCACCAACAACAAUUUGGUCAAUAUCAGCAAGAUAGUCCAGUCUCUGCAAACCAGUACCCGUCUUCACAAAUUCCCCAACACCAUCGUCAGCCAUCCCAGCAGUCUCAGCCUGGAACGCCCCUCGGCCCUCCUUUAAUUCAAAGACAAUCUUCUGGAGCUUUUGCCCAACCUUCGAGUCCCUAUUCACAACGAAGCAUACCUCCCAACCCGUUUCCACAAUACCCACAAACUUCUCCCAAACCCCCGGCGCCCCCAUCGCUACAAAGACAGCCAAGUACCCCUAGUGGCUACGAUUCCCAAAGAACUUCCAUUAGUGAACAACAACAACAACAAAGAGGAUCACAAAGUGAAAGGGAAAGGAGUGUUAGCGUGAGUCCAAAGACUCGCCUGCCGAGCCAACCAAGGGGGGAAACUACAACUCCAAAAUCGGAGAUGGACUACAACCAGGGAAAGAGAAAGAUGGAUGAUCGUGAGGUAUCUGUCGAGGAACCUCGCCGUAUCAACUCUACGGACAAUCGAUCUCAGGUCAAUGGUAAUCAUCAUGUCUCCGCUGCAUCACCACAACAACCAGCGAAAAAAAGAAUUCGGUAUACCGAACCUCCAAUUUGGGCGCAAAGUAUCCGGAACAAGGCCAUUGUAAACCGUGGACCAGCCAAAGUGAAUGGAAAGCAACCACUAGCUGUACAACCAGUUCACUCGUCACCAGCUCAGCCAGAGACAAAUGGAAAUCAAGCAGUCACUCGGCCAGUGAUGGAUGGGAAGGUGCACCCUUCAGUGCUGUUAGGGAAAUGGGAGGAGAGCAUUACCGGCAUCAAACCUGCGCAAGGAAUGACAAAAGAAGUUGCGGACUUCCUGUUCUUAAAUGUUGUAUCUCGGAGUGAUUUGGGAGAGCUUGCGAGUAGAGGUGUGGAAAUCGAAAUUGAAGCCAAAUUAGGUCAUAUCGUCGACAAGGAGACCAAUGAGCGGUACCGCAUACCUGUAAAGUCCGAGUGUGUUCUUAUGGAGAAUUCCCGGGUUGGCUUCCAAAGUUCCAUGACAGAGAGUCAACAUCGGCAUUUGAACGACUUUCUCAAUGCUCAAGUUCGACAAGCGCAUCCCAAUAACCAGGAUGCAAUAGCCAAGAACCGAGUCGAGAUCAAGUAUAAGCAUUCAAGAGAAGCUGACAGUUUCUACACACUUCCACCAUCCAUGCAUGGCAUGAUACCACCUGCUCUCCGAGAGAAGAUGAAUCCCCGACAUGGCAUCAAAGUCCGAAUAACUCAUGACCAAAAGACCGGUGAGCCUCUAGCCAAGAUCAUCAAAGCCCGCAUCAUCGACCUCGACAUCUACAGUCCCAUGACACCUCUCGACUGCAGAAUUAGUAUCAAUUUCGAAAUGCGCUUCGAUGGUGAUGUUCAGGAUUUGGGAGAGAAGACUUCCUCAGACAGGAACAAGGAUCGACUGAGUUAUACUCAGUCCAUGUACCAAAUUGAUUUGACGCAAGUUACUCAGCUGAGUGUAGGUAAUGGCGUCAAUCAAACCAGCAAAGAACACGAGCUUGAGAUCGAACUCUUGACAGCAGCAGUCCGAGAUCAAGGCCAGAAAGCAGCAGCAGGCGAGCCCAACGAAUAUAUAGCACUUGUUGAAGGUUUCCUAGACAACAUGCGCAUUCUGUCAAGAGCUACUCCUGCUGUAUAAUACCUGGCUUUCCUCUUUGAUACUCGAUUUUCUACGGCGAGCAAAACAGCAAAUGGAACUGGAACUGGAAUUGGAAUAGGUAAUGGGAAUUUUGAGCGUGCAUAUGGUCUCAAGGGUACGGGGACACACGGCGUUUUGGGGCAUGCCAUUGGAUUGGUGGGUGGUGAACAACAAACAGGGUUCGGCUGCUUACCAGCCAGGCUGGCAGAGAGAACGUCAGAGAGGCGGAUGCACUUUCUGGACAGAGUAUCAAGGCGGAUAUAGUAAUAUGUAUGAUUUAUGUGGGAUGGACUUGAGCUGUCUUGUCUUCACUUGCCCUGAUCUCACUUUGACUUUCACUCUCCCCACUCUCAGUCUACGUGUUCUUCGUCGUCUCCCUCGGUUCAGGCCCUUUCAACGCAGUUUCGGAAUACUUGGCUAUAGGUAGGGCAUCCAAACACUCUUUUCGAGAUUUCCUCUCAUUCCGGUGCUCGGGCUCCACAGCAUUCUCACGAGCUUUUCUACAUACGAAUAAUCACUUCUCUCUCAGACCUCGUUGUUGAAAAAAAGCAACAUUUCUAACCUGAAUCAAACAACCCCUAAG